AUGGUGUUCCAACCGGGAGAUCUCGUAUGGCUUCAUCUUCGCAAGGACCGCUUCCCCAGUGAGCACCAGUCAAAGCUACUACCACAAGCCGAUGGACCAUUCAAGGUGCUUGCACGCUACAAUGACAACGCCUACAAGAUAGACAUCCCAUGCAACAAGUACAACGUAAGCGACAUCUUCAACGUCAAGGACUUGGCCAAGUACCAUGCUUGCCCUAUUCAAGCUCAGGUGCUGAAUAAAAUAUUAGUCGACUAUGCUACGUCGGUUGGACUUAAGAUUAAUUUUCAUAAAUCAACCCUUGUGCCAAUCAACAUGGACCCCACGACUGCAUCAGAUAUGGCAGGGAUUUUUGGUUGUGCAGUUGGGCAGAUGCCGUUCAUGUAUCUAGGGCUGCAUAUGGGGACCACCCGUCCCACUGUGUCUGACCUGAUGCCCAUGGUCACAUCGGUGCAGAGAAGAAUACCAGCGGCAGCCUCCCUGCUUGAUUAUGGCUCCAAGUUGACCCUACUAAAUUCAGUGGUGACCUCGCUGGCUGUGUAUGCAAUGUGCUCGAUCAGGUUGAACCCCAAGAUCAUUUAA